UCAAAAGUUUCACCGAUUUCAAAGAAUGAACUCUUCCGUUACCCACCUGUUGAAGUGGUCUCAAGAACCCGGCUCACUUCCAGCAAGACGUUAUGAGUGGAUUUGUGGCUCUAUUAUUACCUUGAAUCCUAUUUAGGGCAGGCGUAUUGCAGUAUCUAGCUUCUAGGGAGAUACUACUGUCCUGAAGAGCCUCUGCAUAAUACUGGACACACCAGUUUACGAAAUGUGGCACCCUUUCCUUGGACUAAAAUCUUGAGCAGUUGAACUUUUAAUACUUGCUCACGGUUGCUACAUUUCUGUAUUGACUUCUGUUUUGCUGAGAUAUCUUGAGAAACAGUUCGAGUUGAAGACUUUUCAAAUGGCAGGUCGAACAGGGAAGACGGGGAAGAAAACGGGCAAGGUAGCCUUCGCCCCUCUGCGGACAUUCUCACUCAAGGUGGUCCUGGUCCCCACAGGUGAGAUGUUCACCAUCGGUCAGGCAUACCCUGAGAUGCAGGUGUGGCAGCUGAAGGAAGCCGUGGAACUGGAGGCAGGAAUCCCCUCCAACCUGCAGAGGCUCUCCUACCUGGAUGAAGGUGACAUGCAUGAGGACAGUGACCUCCGACACAACGACAUCGUACAAGGCGGGACCAUUAAGCUGAAGGUGUGGUCUCAGUGGCAGACACUAGUGGAGGCUGCAGCAGAGGGAGACAUUGAAAAGGUGUUUCAGUUGGGAGUGACACCUGAUACCAAAUUCCGGUCCCCCACCUCUGACUACAUGGGUCCCCGUCAGCGCAGGGCCUGGUUCGCUGAGCGCGCUGCGGUAGCGCUCUUUAUCGCCUCAAACCGUGGACAUCUGGACCUCAUGCACAGCCUCAUGGAGGAAGGUGCCGACGUGAAUGCCACAACACCAUCAGGUCGAACUGCACUACACGCUGCGGCUGCUAGGGGGAGGGGAGAAUGCGUGGACAUCCUGCUGGAGAAGGGCGCCCGAAUCAACGCCGCCGACCGGGAGGGGAAGACGGCUCUAACCAUCGCUGCCGACUCCAACCACAAGAAGACGGAGAGACAUCUGUUCCUGUUCCAGUGGCAGGUCCGUGCCACGCAGAUGAGAGCCAAUGGGUCAUCCCAGGACGUCACCCUUAAGGCUCACCAGCUGUUUGACUCCAAGACGCCCACGUGGCUGAAGGGCACCCAAGGUCAACUGUACUUUGCCCAGAUUCUCCCUCCCGGAGAGUUCCAAGGCACCGGGUUCUCCUCCCCUAAAAAGCAUGAAGUUUGCUUCGAGAGAGAACGAAAAGGGUCUGAAAGAUUUUGAAGAUGCAGUGGAGGAAGAUGCUGAUGAGGAUGAGGACGAAGAAAAAGACGAAGACACCGAAAGUGACGCAAAAGCGUCAGAAGUCUCGAGGCACACUGAAGUGCGAUUCCGUGCCAAACUGGAGGAUGUGGACUCAGACUCAGGGUCUGGAACGAGACGUACAUGGAGCGAAACGUCAGGAAGUAUCGGGAAACCCAUCCUGAGAGUACGAGCUCCAGAAAUUCACAAGGAGGACAAGGAAGACAGAACGUCGCACAGGUGGUUGGCAAGAAAAAAUGUUCUGGAUGAGAGAGAAGAUGAAAGAGCACGUCAGCUACGAGCAAAACCAAAUGGAAAAGUCACAAAAGUUACUGAUAAUUUCUUACAAACAACUGGGACUAAAGUUUUGGAAGGUUUAGACAGAUCGUCGUCUGUCAGUGCGAGCUCAUUUAGGACAUGGCUGAUGAAGAAGGAUCUGGAUUCAUUAGGUUACUAGAAUAAAAAUUACAUUACCCAAUUUUGUUGCUAUAAUCU